GACAUUAGUCCUGGAGUCUUUCCAAUGUUCCUGUUCUCCCAGAAAGAGAAUGAAUGACAGAGCAGGAUGAGCAGAAAUCAUUCAGUGAAGAGCUUCAGACUUUAUUUUCUGCUUGAUAGCUUCUAGUUUCUCCAGCAGCUUCUGUUUCUGGAGAUUACAAAGUGGUCUUCCUCUCUUUCUAGCAGGACCCAUCAGAGAAGAGAACCAGCUGAACCUGAAGCCAGCUGUGUGUCCAUGGAGACACCACUACUUUAAAAAAGGAGGCGACCUGAAAGGGACAGGCCAAUUAAAAUGGAGGAGAGGAGAAGGAAGAGGCCAAGACAGAAGGAAAGGGAGGAACAUAUUGAAAUAAAGAGCCGAAGACUGAGGAGCCAUCGGAGACCUGACCCUGCUGAACCUGAUCCUGAAACCAGCUGUUUGUCCUUAAAGAGCAACCAGUCAAAGCGGUUUUUAAUUCAUUUUAAACGUGUUUCUGACAGAAAACUAUCUGCUGAUGGAAGGAUCCAGCCGCAGAGACCAGAGUCUCCUGAACCUGAACCCAGCUGUGUGUCCUUUAAGAGCGACCGGUCAAAGGAUGAUUUAAUUAAUUUAAAAAAAAGACAUCCAUCUGACAGAAAGACCCAGCAGAGACCAGAGUCUCCUGAACCUGAACCCAGCUGUGUGUCCUUCAAGAGCGACUGGUCAAAUGGUCGCCUCAUUAACUUUAAAGGAGAGCAACCCUCUGCUGAAAAGAUAGUGGACCAGGAGAUCUCAGAGGUUCCCAGUGGUCAGUCUACCCAGCAGCAUCAAACACACCUGGACACCAUAUUUAUGCUGCUGGAGGAGACCAUCGUCACUUUUGUGAAGAACGAGCUGAAGAAGAUCCAGAAGCUUCUGAGUCCAGAUUACCCAGAAUGCUCAGAGAGUAAGAGGGAAGGUGAGGAUGAAGAUCAGAGGAGGAGCAGAGAGGCAUUUCUGAAGAUCACACUGCACUUCCUGAGGAGAAUGAAGCAGGACGAGCUGGCUGACCGUCUGCAGCGCAGAAGUCGUUCUGGAGUUUGUAGGCGUAAACUCAAAUCUAACCUAAACAACAAGUUCCAGUGUGUGUUUGAGGGGAUUGCUAAAACAGGAAACCCAACCCUUCUGAAUCAGAUGUUCACAGAGAUCUACAUCACAAAGGAAGGGACUGCAGAGGUCAAUGCUGAACAUGAGGUCAGACAGAUUGAAACAGCAUCUAGGAAAGCAGACAGACCAGAAACAACAAUCAGACGAGAAGACAUCUUUAAAACCCCACCUGGAAGAGAUAAACCAAUCAGAACAGUGAUGACAACAGGAGUGGCUGGCAUCGGAAAAACUGUCUUAACACAGAAGUUCACUCUGGACUGGGCUGAAGACAAAGCCAACCAGGACAUCAAGUUCACAUUUCCAUUCACCUUCAGAGAGCUGAAUGUGCUGAAAGAGAAAAAGUACAGCUUGGUGGAACUUGUUGAUUACUUCUUUAGUGAAACCAAAGAAGCAGGAAUCUGCAGGUUUGAAGAGUUCCCGUUUGUGUUUAUCUUUGAUGGUUUGGAUGAGUGUCGACUUCCUCUGGACUUCCGCAACACUAAAAUCCUGACUGACGUUACAGAGUCCACCUCAGUGGGUGUGCUACUGACAAACCUCAUCAGGGGAAAUCUGCUUCCCUCUGCUCGCCUCUGGAUAACCACACGACCUGCUGCAGCCAAUCAGAUCCCUCCUGAGUGUGUUGACAUGGUGACAGAGGUCAGAGGGUUCACUGACCCACAGAAGGAGGAGUACUUCAGGAAGAGAUUCAGAGACAAGAAGCAGGCCAGCAGAAUCAUCUCCCACAUCAAGACAUCACGAAGCCUCCACAUCAUGUGUCACAUCCCAGUCUUCUGCUGGAUCACUGCUACAGUUCUGGAGGACAUGUUGAAGACCAGAGAGGGAGGAGAGCUGCCCAAGACCCUGACUGAGAUGUACAUCCACUUCCUGGUGGUUCAGUCCAAAGUGAAGAACAUCAAGUAUGAUGGAGGAGCUGGGUCGGAUCCACACUGGAGUCCAGAGAGCAGUAAGAUGAUCAAGUCUCUGGGAAAACUGGCUUUUGAGCAGCUGCAGAAAGGCAACCUGAUCUUCUAUGAAUCAGACCUGACAGAGUGUGGCAUUGAUAUCACAGCAGCCUCAGUGUACUCAGGAGUGCUCACGCAGAUCUUUAAAGAGGAGAGAGGAUUGUACCAGGACAAGGUGUUCUGCUUCAUCCAUCUGAGUGUUCAGGAGUUUCUGGCUGCUCUUCAUGUCCAUCUGACAUUCACCAACUCUGGAGUCAACCUGCUGUCAGAAGAACAAACACCAUCAACACAGUUCUACCAGAGUGCUGUGGACAAGGCCUUACAUAGUCCAAAUGGACACCUGGACUUGUUUCUCCGCUUCCUCCUGGGUCUUUCACUGCAGACCAAUCAGAAUCUCCUACGAGGUCUGCUGACACAGACAGGAAGUAGCUCAGAGACCAACCAGGAAACAGUGGAGUACAUCCAGAAGAAGAUCAAUGGGGAGGAGAAGAUGGAUGGGGAGGAGAAGAUGGAUGAGGAUCUAUCUCCAGAGAGAAUCAUCAAUCUGUUCCACUGUCUGAAUGAACUGAAUGAUCAUUCUCUAGUGAACCAGAUCCAACAGUACAUGAGAUCAGGAAGUCUCUCCAAUGCUCAUCUGUCUCCUGCUUGUUUGUCAGCUCUGUGCUUCAUCUUACUGUCAUCAGAAGAAGAUCUGGACGUGUUUGACCUGAAAAAAUACUCUGCUUCAGAGGAGGCUCUUCUGAGGCUGCUGCCAGUGGUCAAAGCCUCCAACAAAGCUCUACUGAGUGGCUGUAACCUGUCAGAGAGAAGCUGUGAAGCUCUGUCCUCAGUUCUCAGCUCCCAGUCCUCUAGUCUGAGAGAGCUGGACCUGAGUAACAACAACCUGCAGGAUUCAGGAGCGAAGCUGAUCUCUGUUGGACUGAAGAGUCCACACUGCACACUGGAGACUCUCAGCAUCCAGCGUCCCGCGGAGCCGGGCGGUUCAGCCGAGCCGGCCCCUGGUCCUGCUGAACCGGACCCCGGUCCCCCUGCGUCGGGCGGUUCUGCCGACUGGGCCGCAGAGCCGCCUCCCGGGGGCUCAGACUCAGAUGUUGCGCCACCUGCGGCUGAAUCAAACUCGGCAGGUCUGGAGCGAAAGAAUGGUCAAAGAAAGAUCAUCCAUUCGCUACGCUCUGAAGAUGGAGCAACAAUUACGGGAACCCCUGAGAUCAGGAGAUAUGCCACCUCGUUCUACAAAGACCUGUUCAAAGAGGAGUAUGUGGAAGAUGCAGAGUCAGCUUCGUCUUUCUAUGCAGGGCUUCCUCAGGUGGAUGCUGACAACAACACUGUGCUGGAAGAUCAACUGUCCCUAAAUGAACUGUAUGUUGCUCUAAUGAGCCUUGGGAACGGUAAGGCACCAGGCAUCAACGGGCUGCCUCUGGAUUUCUAUAAGACCUUCUGGCCCGUGAUUGGAGAAGAUCUGCUGGAGUUCUUUCAAGACAGCUUGAAUAGAGGACGCCUGCCGCUGAGCUGCAGAGGACGCCUGCCGCUGAGCUGCAGAAGGGUCAUUACCCUGCUGCCAAAGAAAGGAGAUCUGCAGGAUUUAAAAAACUGUGUGGGGACUAUAAGAUCCUGUCUAAAGCUCUCGCUUCUCGGCUUCGGGAGGAAGCUGAGUUUCCAGGCUUUGCCUCCUUUCUAUCGUGGCGUGUUUACAAUGUGGAAGCUGUUGAUCAAGGAGAGACGGCUGCAAGGUGACUCCUUACACUGGCUGCUACAGGAACCGGUGGUGUACGGAGAAUGGUUGGAUUACCCCUGUUGGGCAGGUUCAGCCAUCACGGAGGUAUUCUGCAGAGCACGGGUGCUCACACUGGGGAAUGUGGUGGAUAUCGCUGGACCUAAACUGAACAAUGGUACUGCUUUGGUGGAUGUUCUGGGUAUGAGAUCAGUACAGUUUGCUAAACAUAAAUGUCAGCUGUUGAACUUCAUCCUGGGCCAAUCAAAGAUGGCUGUGUAUGUGAGCAGGAAGAGGAAGGUGGAUGACUCUGUGGAUAUUAAUGUGAAUUUACGGUUUACUCGGAUGGUGAAAGCCAGAAUCAGGAUUGACUUUAAUUAUUAUAAAGAGAUGAAGGAUGUGGAUCAGUUCAGUGUGAUCUGGGCCCAUGGUGAUGUGUUGUGCUCGAGACUUGAGACCAACUCAUCUUUUCUCAGGAGGGACGUGGUCCAAUCACUGCUGGGGCUCAACGUCCCCGACAGAGGAGCAGCAACGGCCAAUCACAGCCAAGGCUGGAGCAGCCAAUCACAGCCGGGAAAGAGAGCCGAGUCGUCAUCCAACUGCUUCUCAAACGGCAGCCUGCUGUUGUUGUCAGGAGGUGUGAUGAAGGUGCCCCGCUGUCUCGGCCACCACUUCCUGGGUGCGUGUGACUGCGGCGCCCCCUGUGAUGCCUCCCCCCACGGCGGUCUGAUGGAUUGCGGCGCUGCCUUCCUGUUGGAGCCGCGGCGCUUCAGAUACCCCGAGAGGCCGGUCGACUUCCUGUCCGGCUGCUUCUUCAUGGUGGCGGCCGCGUACCUGGCCGGCUUCCUGCUGGCAGACACGGCCGCCUGUAUCACCCAUCAGACAUCCCGUCUCAGGCCUAGUGAACAUACGGGCGGCAGAGAUUUGGACAUAUUGGAGUUUAUUGAGGAUCUUGUUGGGUUUACCAUAGAGGAUGCUAUUGCAGUAGGCGCGUCUGGAGGUCAUGAGGGCAUGGAUAAGUGUUUCGACAGCAGAAGAGGGCAGGGACGGCUGGAGGCGGUCAAUGUUCUUGAGGCAGGUAGUAAUAGGGGAGUGGGUGGCUGUUGUUUUGGAGAAGAGAUGGAGUUAAGUGUUGUCUACCCAGCAGUGGAUACAGAGGCCAUGAAGGUGGAUCUCUCCCAGAGGAAGGAUGUACAUAAUGAACAGGAGGGAACAGAGGACCAGGAGAUCUCAGAAGUUCCCAGUGGUCAGUCUGCCCAGCAGCAUCAAACACACCUGGACUCCAUAUGUGUGGGACAAAAGAUGGAGACACCUCAAGAAGUCGUCUUAACAACUUUAGAAGACUUGGGAGCUGAGGACUUUGAAAAAUUUAAGUGGUACCUGCAGCAGAAAGGGACCCUAAAAAACUUCCCAGCAAUCCGAAAGAGUAAACUGGAGAAUGUAAACAGGCUGAACACAGUGGAUAUGAUGUUCCAGACCUACAGUAUAAACACUGUUAAUGUGACCAGAAUAGUUUUAGUGAAGAUCAAUCAAAAUGAUCUAGUGGAGAAUUUAUCAAACAUCAUCUAUGAACCUGCAGAGAUUCUUGCUGCAUGCCAGCAAAAAGUCAAAUCCAACUUACAUAAGACAUUCCAGCUUGUGUUUGAGGGGAUUGCUAAAGCAGGAAACAAAACCCUUCUGAAUCAGAUGUUCACAGAGAUCUACAUCACAAAGGGAGGGGUCAAUGAUGAACAUGAGGUCAGACAGAUUGAAACAGCAUCCAGGAAACCAGACGGACCAGAAACAACAAUCAGACGAGAAGACAUUUUUAAAACCUCACCUGGAAGAAAUGAAUCAAUCAGAACAGGGAUGACAAAGGGAGUGGCUGGCAUCGGGAAAACAGUCUUAACACAGAAGUUCACUCUGGACUGGGCUGAAGACAAAGCCAACCAGGACAUCCAGUUCACAUUUCCAUUCACCUUCAGAGAGCUGAAUGUUCUGAAAGAGCAAAACUACAGCUUGGUGGAACUUGUUCAUCAGUUCUUUAAUGAAACCAAAGAAGCAGGAAUCUGCAGGUUUGAAGAGUUCCCGGUUGUGUUCAUCUUUGACGGUCUGGAUGAGUGUCGACUUCCUCUGGACUUCCUCAACACUAAAAUCCUGACUGAUGUUACAGAGUCCACCUCAGUGGGUGUGCUGCUGACAAACCUCAUCAGGGGGAAUCUGCUUCCCUCUGCUCGCCUCUGGAUAACCACACGACCUGCAGCAGCCAAUCAGAUCCCUCCUGAGUGUGUUGACAUGAUGACAGAGGUCAGAGGGUUCACUGACCCACAGAAGGAGGAGUACUUCAGGAAGAGAUUCAGAGAUGAGGAGCAGGCCAGCAGAAUCAUCUCCCACAUCAAGAAAUCACGAAGCCUCCACAUCAUGUGCCACAUCCCAGUCUUCUGCUGGAUCACUGCUACAGUUCUGGAGGACAUGUUGAAGACCAGAGAGGGAGGAGAGCUGCCCAAGACCCUGACUGAGAUGUACAUCCACUUCCUGGUGGUUCAGUCCAAAGUGAAGAACAUCAAGUAUGAUGGAGGAGCUGGGUCGGAUUCACCCUGGAGUCCAGAGAGCAAGAAGAUGAUCGAGUCUCUGGGAAAACUGGCCUUUGAGCAGCUGCAGAAAGGCAACCUGAUCUUCUAUGAAUCAGACCUGACAGAGUGUGGCAUCGAUAUCAGAGCAGCCUCAGUGUACUCCGGAGUGUUUACACAGAUCUUUAAAGAGGAGAGAGGACUGUACCAGGACAAGGUGUUCUGCUUCGUCCAUCUGAGUGUUCAGGAGUUUCUGGCUGCUCUUCAUGUCCAUCUGACAUUCACCAACUCUGGAGUCAAUCUGCUGUCAGGAAAACAAACAACAUCGUGGUGGUCUGAAGUGUUCAGAGACAAAUCAACACGUUUCUACCAGAGUGCUGUGGACGAGGCCUUACAGAGUCCAAAUGGACACCUGGACUUGUUCCUCCGCUUCCUCCUGGGUCUUUCACUGCAGACCAAUCAGAAUCUCCUACGAGGCCUGAUGACACAGACAGGAAGUAGGUCACAGACCAAUCAGGAAAUGGUGGAAUACAUCAAGAAGAAGCUCAAUGACAAUCUGUCUGCAGAGAGAAGCAUCAAUCUGUUCCACUGUCUGAAUGAACUGAAUGAUCAUUCUCUAGUGGAGGAGAUCCAACAAUCCCUGAGUUCAGGAAGUCUCUCCACAGAUAAACUGUCUCCUGCUCAGUGGUCAGCUCUGGUCUUCAUCUUACUGUCAUCAGAAGAAAAUCUGGACGUGUUUGACCUGAAGAAAUACUCAGCUUCAGAGGAGGCUCUUCUGAGGCUGCUGCCAGUGGUCAAAGCCUCCAACAAAGCUCUACUGAGUGACUGUAAUCUGUCAGAGAGAACCUGUGAAGCUUUGUCCUCAGUUCUCAGCUCCCAGUCCUCUAGUCUGAGAGAGCUGGACCUGAGUAACAACAACCUGCAGGAUUCAGGAGGGAAGCUGAUCUCUGUUGGAUCCCACUGCACACUGGAGACUCUCAGACUAAGUGGCUGUGAUCUGUCAGAGAGAAGCUGUGAAGCUCUGUCCUCAGUUCUGAGCUCCUCAUCCUCUAGUCUGAGAAAGCUGGACCUGAGUAGCAACAACCUGCAGGAUUCAGGAGGGAAGCUGAUCUCUGUUGGACUGAAGAGUCCACACUGCACACUGGAGACUCUCAGUCUCUCAGGCUGUUUGAUCUCAGAGGAAGGCUGUUCUUCUUUGGUCUCAGCUCUGAGGUCCAACCCCUCCCAUCUGAGAGAGCUGGACUUGAGCUACAAUCAUCCAGGAGACUUAGGAGUGAAGCUACUGUCAACUGGACUGGAGGAUCCUCUCUGGAGACUGGACACUCUGAGGGUGGAGCCUGCUGGAGUCAGAUGGUUGACACCAGGUCUGGAACUCACACUGGACACAAACACAGUGUACAGAAACCUCAAACUGUCUGACAACAACAGGAAGGUGACACGUGUGGAGAAGGAUCAGCCAUAUCCUGAUCAUCCAGAGAGGUUUGACUCAUAUCAUCAGCUGCUGUGUAGAGAUGGUCUGACUGGUCUCUGUUACUGGGAGGUUGAGAGGAGAGGAAGGGUUGAUAUAUCAGUGAGUUACAGAGGAAUCAGGAGGAGAGGAAACAUUGAUGACUGUGUGUUCGGAGAGAAUGAUCAGUCCUGGAGUCUGAACUGCUCUGAUGAAGGUUACUCUGUCUGGCACAAUAAGAGAAGAACAUCCAUCUCCUCCUCCUCUGUCUCUGGUAGAGUAGCAGUGUAUGUGGACUGUCCUGCUGGCUCUCUGUCCUUCUACUCAGUCUCCUCUGACUCACUGAUCCUCCUCCACACCUUCAACACCACCUUCACUCAGCCUCUCUAUCCUGGGUUCAGGUUCUGGUCUGGUUCCUCAGUGUCUCUGUGUUGUGUGGAGGACAGAGAGUCUCCUCCUAGUUACGGGCAUCAGUCCGGCAGAGGCAGAGGUGACAGGAUGCAUGCUGGGAGUGCUCUGGGCUCGUCAGCGGGCAGACAGAGGUGUGUAGAGCGCCCCCUACAGGCCACACGGUGCAUCACAUCAACACAUAACAGCACAGCACAGGACGUGGUCCAAUCACUGCUGGGGCUCCACGUCCCCGACAGAGGAGCAGCAACGGCCAAUCACAGCCGAGGCUGGAGCAGCCAAUCACAGCCGGGACAGAGAGCCGAGUCGUCAUCCAGCUGCUUCUCAAACGGGUGA